AUGAUACUCUUCGCCAUAGGCGAAGAGUAUGGGUUCAAGGUUUAUCUUGACACCACCUACGGGCUCAUCAUUCUGACUAUGAAUGGUGGAAACUUUCCACGCUGUGAGCCCGAUUUUGAGGGUGAUGUGUCAAAUCCUUAUGUCGACUGGGAUGCGGAGGAGGUUCACGAACAAGGGACAUUAGGAGAUCACGAGAACAGUGAUGACGAGGAAGAGGCAGAGGACAUUUUCGGCGACAACGAUUGGAGAAGUGGCGCCAAGUCUGAAGCCUUCAGAAUCCAAACCUUCUUCGAUCUGUGCAAAGAGCAAUGGAGACGAAUGAACCUGAUGCCCAGGCUGGAACGCCCAGGCCGGAUUGAUAUGCUCCAGCAUCCCGAGCCUUCUCCAGAUCAAGCUGUGCGUCAACGAAUUCUUAGAAAUGCGGGAUGGCCAGGCACUGGGCCGGAAGUUGGAAUGGAAUGGGACAAGAAGAAGGCAAAGAAGGAUAUAAUUGAAUACUUUGGUGCCUGGGAUUCCGAAGAGAGCGACUGA